AUGAAAUGGAUUACGAUCUUACUACUACCCUUUUUAUGGUCGAAGGUUGUUCUUGCGGAAGACGAUAAAGAUACAGAUCCAUGGGCUCUCAUACAAUCUAAAUUGGACCAAUUACCUCCAAAGGUUGAUGCAUUCCAUACCAAUAUAACGAAAAACACACAUCAAGAUAUAAAUUUUUAUGUUCCGAUAGAUUAUUCUGAAAUAGAACAAGAACGACUAUUCCAACAAUUUUGGGAUGAGAAAAUCACAAUGGAUCAACGAGCCGUAUAUGACCAACUGAUAGAGAGUAGUGACGUUUACAACAACCCUAAUGCGACGUUUCUUUUAUCACAACUGCAUUUGUAUGGGUUAUACAACUUCCCCACAAAUGCUACGUUAGCAUUCCAAUACCUUACGAAAUUUAAUGAACAGACUCAAUUCUCAAAUCAUACUGCAUUAUUUGAAUUAGCCGUGAUGCAUUCCACCGGAUUAUUUGGAGCCAUCCCACAGGAUUCCUCCAAGGCAUUAUUACAUUAUCAAAAGAGUGCGAAUCUAGGAAAUCUAAUGGCUCAACAGGUAUUAGCAUAUAAACAAUACAUGGGGUUGAAUGUUCCACGAGAUUUCAAUAAGGCAUUGUUGUUGUAUAGUGAAUUAUCUCAUAAAUUGCGUCGCGAUUUGAACGAGCCAUAUAAUGAGUUACAUUGGCAAAUUUCAUUCCCAGUGAUCGAAUCAUACCAAAUAAGGCUAUCUGAUUUUGAUCACGGGUUAUUAGGUGAUGGCCUAAACUCCAUGGGAAGUUCUUUGAGUAGAAAGAAAGCUAUGAGACCAGAUAUUACUUCAUCAGUGUUAACUCAAAUGAAUGGAGGUGGUCAAAUUAUUCUACAAUUUGGCAUGGCUGGUGAUACUGCAGCAUUUUCCCUCGGUGACGAUCUUGAUGAAGAUGAGCAACAAGGAGAUGGAUUAUAUGGAGGCAUAGACGACGAUAGAUUAGUGGAUUUGUUUUACAAAGCCUGGGAUUUAUACCGGGGAACAUAUACACAACUAAGAAAUGUUACAAGAACGAGAGAGCUAUUGGAAAAAACAGUGAGAGAGUACGAGAGAGAUGUCGAUGAGAUGGAUAACUUGCAAAGGUUUUUCUAUUCCAAAUCUUUAGAUUUGUUGGGCCAUAUCUUUAUGAUGGGUGAAACUUUACCUGGAGGAAAUCCAGAUAUUAAUACAGCCAUAAUUUAUUUGGAAAGGGCUAUAAAAGUUAUUGAAGAAUCUACCGUAGUGAAGAGUAGAGCAAAUAUUGAUUUAGCUUUGAUUUCACAUUAUGCUGAAAGAAAUGCGACAAAGGCCCUUGGAUUUUACAAAAAAAUGAUCGAUACAAGAUACAAUGAUGGUGUUAUUGAAUACCAAUUAUCUCAAUUAGCUGCAGCUAACCCAAAUAUGAAUCUAGGUGAUCCAUUUACUUUAAUGCAAACUGCGUAUUCUAAAAGGUAUCCACCUGCUAUUUAUGAAUAUGCACAAAUGACAGAACAAGGUGUCAAUUCCAAAUAUAACGUCGAGGAAAGUACUUAUCUCUAUAAGACCUUUGUCGAAAAAAUGGAACCAAUAAUGGCACCUCAUCUGCGUAACGCAUUUAGCGAGUUAUUAUUAGGAAACGUUGACGUGGCCUUAUGGGAAUAUACAAAGGCUGCUGAACAAGGUUUUGAAAGUGCUCAAGUGUCUGCAGCAUUCUUAUUGUAUCAAAAGACAUUGAAGUUUUCUGAGACGCCAAUGACAACUCCCGAGAGAAAGGCUAUGGAAAUCACUUAUUAUUCUAGAGCAUUCAAACAAAAUAAUGUAGAUGCUGGGGUCAUUGCAGGAGAUGCAUACUAUGAUGUAGGUGCUUAUGAGAAGGCUAUUGGUAUUUAUGAAAGUGCGGCCCUAAAGUACUCACCUCAGGCAAUUUGGAAUCUUGGAUACAUGUAUGAAUAUGGACUUGGUGUUCAAAAGGAUUAUCAUCUGGCGAAAAGAUACUACGAUCAAGUUAGUGAAGUGGAUCAAAAAUUAUUUAUCGCUGCCAAAUUAAGUUUGUUCAAGUUACGACUAAAAGGAAUUCUUGAUGGAACCAGAUAUGGUAAAUUAAGCCAAUGGGUCCCCUGGAACUAUGGUAUUCCACAGGGAAUCGAUCUAUCCAUAUUACAUUGGUACAGAAAAUUAUCCAUUUUUGUUCAGAAUAUAAUUCAAUUUCGGUCAAUUAAUAAGAAAAUCUGGCCAAUAAGUCUGACAAAUAAUCAUACUAGAGCUCCACAUAAAAUAACGGUACAGAGAAUGUCUGCUGGAUUCCGUAUAGAUGGUCCAAAUUCUGAUUUGUUCGAAGCCUUUGGAUUGACCACUGAAGACCUGCUAACCAUAGGAUUUAUACUGAUGAUGUUACUAAUUAGCGUUGUUCUCCGAACAGUAGCUGCGCGUAGAGGGUGGAAUAUUAUGAUUAAUGGGGUACCUGUUGCAGGAGGAGAACAAGGACAGAACGAGGGCGAUGUGCAAGGAGAUGGGCAGCAAGGUCCAGCUGCUCCUGAAGGGUUUUUCGGUGGGAAUUUUGAUGUCCAAAUAUUCGCCAUAUAA